CGCUGUUCAGAAGCUGGACGGACACAUGGGUGUGUCGGGGUCAUUCCCACCUCUUGUUCUCCUGGUCCCCGGUCCUGUUUCCCUUUGCUUACAGGUUUUGUUGAGGGACGAGGGGGCCCGGCAGGGUCUGGGGGCUGAAGAGCCUUUACCCUUGCAUCUUCCCUUCCAGAUUCCAUGCCGCACGCUCCCUGCCUUCUGUGGCUCCUUGCUGUCACCUUCUCCCUGGUUCCCAGAACGCAGCCCUUGGCGGCCGGAGACUUGGAAGGAGACGAGCCAGAUGAGACACCUUUGCCGGCUGUCCCCUGUGACUAUGACCACUGCCGCCACCUGCAGGUGCCCUGCCAGGACCUGCAGAGGGCCGGCCGGAGAGCCUGCCUGUGCCCCGGCCUCUCCAGCGCCUUGCAGCCGCCGCACCCGCCACGCCUGGGGGAAGUGCGCGUGGAGGCCGAGACUGGCCGCGCCGAGGUGCACUGGUGCGCCCCCUCCUCCCCGGUCCACCAGUACUGGCUGUUGCUGUGGGAGGGCGGUGGGGCUCCGCAGAAGGGGCCCAGCUUCAACUCGACGGUCCGCCGAGCAGAGCUGAAGGGCCUGAAGCCCGGGGGCGCAUACGUUGUCUGCGUGGUGGCCGCCAACGACGCGGGAGAGAGCCGCGCGCCCGGGCCCGGGGCGGAGGGCCUCGACGGCGCGGACGGCCCCAACUUAGGGCCCUGCGGCCGGCUGACCGUGCCUCCGCGGCCGCUCACUGUGCUGCACGCGGCUGUCGGCGUGGGCUCGGCGCUGGCCCUGCUCAGCUGCUCCGCCCUGGUCUGGCACUUCUGCCUACGCCAGCGCUGGGGCUGCCCCCGCCGAGGCCGCCCCAGCCACGCGGGGCUCUGAGGCUGCCCGGGCCUCCCCGGGGAGGUGACGGCCCACGAAGGCCAGACCGAGGGUGGCACAGACUGCCAGGCGCUGGGCCCUUGCUGAGUGGGUUCAUGCCCCAAACUUUCCACUCUGCUCCGAAGCUGAGGUUUGGAAGGAGUAGAGAAAGUUGACAAGAUCUUUUCUUAAUGGACCAGAUAGUAAUUUAGGCUUUGUGUUUCCAGGGGAUAAAAUCACAGAUGCUGUGUAGGUACUUAACAUAACCAUGUAACCAUUUAAAGAUUUUUAAAUGGUUCUUAGCUCGUGGGCCUCACAAAUCAGGCUGCGCGACCAGGUUCCACGUGUGGGCCCUGUCACUGUGGGUGGCUUCCCAUGGGAUUUUGAGAAUCAGCUGCUCUGGGAUGGGAGUUUGGGGCUAGAGACCACACCUCACCUGCUGCCUUUUGCUUAGAUAAUAAGGAUGCACACUGAGUUACAAUCCACUGUGUCUUAAGUCAGGUGGAACUAAGUGACUGACAUGGGGUGGAGAAAAGGAGGAUUGUCCAAGUGGCUGUCUGGGACAAGCUUGCUUGUAAAAAUAUAUUAACAACAAAGGAUUUCCCCUCCCCCCAUUUGUGUUUACUAAGUAUUAUUUGUGUUGUAUAACAUUAAAGGAAAUGUAAAAGGAA